AUGCGCAGUUGCGCGGCGAGCACGGAGGCUUGUGGAACUGGCGGAGCGGGCGUCAAGACUCGAAUGUUCAUACGGGCGCCCCCGGUGGUUUGGUGGGUUGACAUUGCCGCGCCACCCGAAGGGACUCCUGCAGCUUACCCAACGCGGCAGCGCACUGCGCUGUGUGCGCGGGGGUUACAGCUUGGGUUACAAUCUGGGUUACAACUCGAGUUACACUUCGGGUUACCAGCCAUGGCGAUACUCCCGUCCUGCCUCCUCUCGUCAGCCGCUCUUCCCACUCGCCUGCUUCCCAGCGUAAUCGAAAUCCAAGAAUCCUGUUUCGCGCUCGUCUAUAACGCGUACGGCCUGCGCCUCGACCAAUUCCACGUCGACAAUCUCACGCUCGUCUCCUGCUGGGUCCCCGCUUCUCGCGGCGUGAAACCCGCCGCAUCUCCCGCGAAACCGCCUCUGUUGCUCCUCCACGGCUUCGGCGCGUCGUCGUUAAAUCACUGGAUUAAUCAGCUCGCCGCGUUUUGCCGCCAUUUCGACCUCUACAUCCCCGACCUGCUAUUCUUCCGCGGUUCGUACUCCCGCGAUUCGCGGCGCGACGAGCGGUUCCAGGCGGAAGCGAUGAUCGCGCUGAUGGACCGGCUGGGCAUCGAACGGUGCGCCGUGGUCGGCGUGAGCUACGGCGGGAUCGUCGCCCACAAAAUGGCCACUCUCUAUCCCACACGCGUCACCCAGCUAGUGCUGGGAGGGGCCGGGCUCAUGCUGAUGCAGGGCGAGGUGCAGGGGGUGCUGCAGCACUGGCACGCCAAGACGCCCCCGGACCUCUUCCUGCCCACCAAGCCUUGCGGCUUGCUUCGGCUGAUCAGGCUCGGGAACAACGAGGCGCCGUACCUCCCGGAUUGGGUGCUGCAGGACGCCUUGGAGGUGUUGUUUGAGAACAGGGCGGAGAAGGCGGGUCUGCUGGAGGCGUCGUUGAGAGAAGCACAGGCCAACGCACAACACCCAGAGGGCAUCCCUGUGCCAUCAAUGCCCACCCUGCUUGUCUGGGGAGGCAGCGACCAGCUCUUUCCACUUGCCAUCGCCCAUCGCAUGCACCAGCACUUUGGCUCGUCCUGUCGGCUUGAGGUGAUUGAGAAGGGCGCUCAUGCCAUUCAGGCACACAAUGCAGCAGCAUUCAACAGCGCCGACCUCUCUUUCCUCACGGAGCAUCAGUGA